GCGGUAUUUGCUAUUUGCAAAAACCACCAGGAACGCGCGUGAUGGAUUUGUCUCAACCUGAAGUCGCCUUGCACAUCCGCGCAGCCCAAAAUGCUGCCGUGCGAGGCCCGCAUCUCGUUCUACAGAAAAGAAACUUGGACAAAACCUAUAAUGUUAGAGUUGAUAAUAUGGAAGAAAUCGACCCAUAUUACGAUGCUAGCCAGCAGUAUCAUUUUACAGCCUGUUUAAGUUCGAAAGACAAUGAUAUUUCAAGCAUCAAACAAGAUAUAGACAUGAGUGUACAGUCUGCAUUAGAUGGCUUCAACACUGCAUUGAUGAUUAUGUCGUCAGGGGUUUCAAACAACUUUUCAGACAGAUCCAAGAUCAUCAGCCAUGCCUUUACAUCACUAAACUCGCAAAUACAACAUCUCGACGAAUACCGAAGGAAGAAGAAUGAGGCACCCAUGGCAAUAGAAUAUGCCUAUCUUGGAGUCACGGACGAUUGCUGUUACGAUUUACGCAAUGAUCGGCGCAUCAAAAACGAAGUCAUCUUGGAGAGUGGAAUCGACUCUUUGAUGAAAACUGUGAAUUCUGUGGAGCAGAUAUGGGAGAGAGUCAAGCUGGGAUCAAAGUUCCCAUUUGUUCUAAAAGUGAGGAUAUCUGACAACUCCAGCAUCUUGGGCCAUUUUGUGAUUGUCGAUCUGCUCAAUACACGCUUUAUGGCGAAUAAAUCCCAGCUCCUUGAUGGAUAUACCUUUCACGAUUCAUGCAUGCGUCUUCGAGAAACUGUUAAGCUGGUAGCCACUCCUAAUUACGUUGGCUUAAUACCAACAGAUACCUGCGUGCUGACCAAAACCUUGGGAGCGUACUUGAGUGGCAUGAGCCGCUUGAAUGCAUUCUUAUAUGUGGAGGAAUACCCGGAAAUGGCAUUAGAAGAAACGCUUAUUGCACUUGAUUUCGCUCAGCACCUUCAGAGAAUAACGUGUCGAUCAGUGAGAAAUCUUGUUGAUACCAGGAUGACAGAGUAUGCAUCGAAAUCAGAAUAUUACAAGGAGAGAUAUUAUAAGCACCAGGCAACCAUCGCUGAACUGGAAGCCAAGAAUCGUGAUUUGCAGAUGGAUUUGGUUAGAAAUAAAGCGAUACUCCAAGACAACUUUAGCAACGAAUCUGAUGUCAAACUUCAAAUCGACGAUCUAUCCAUCAAAGAAUCAGAGCUCAAAUUGAAAAAUCGAAAUUUGGAACUCGAAGUGGUUUAUCUUAGAUGCCACAUCAAAACAUUUGAAGGGGAUGCUGAUGAGCAAAAUAGGCAGCAUCAAUCUGAACAAAUUUUGCGAAAGUACACACAGCAGCAAGCUUUGAGCGAAAUCGAGCAGCUAGAAUUAGAUUUGGCAGAGAAGGAGCAAAGAAUAACGGAUUUAAUGACGGCACUGAACCAAAAAUCACACCAAUUGGAGGAGCUACAGGUUUUUGAAAAGCAAGCCAAAAUAUUACUAAAUGAGUCGGAUAGCAAGUAUGCCAAGGUGUUGAGAUACUGUGAGAGGAAGGAGAAUGAAGUCAAGGAAGCUUUCAAAAAAGAGCAAGCGCGAUGGUACGAAAAGCGAUCGGAUAUGCAAACCAAGAUUCGAAAUUUGCAGGCUGAAUUAGACGACCUUCGCGCACGAAACGCUAACAGUCAAGAAAAAGCGCCAGAAUGGAAAUCAAACCAAGAAGUGCGCGAGGUUCGAACAUUGAAUUUGCCUAACGCAGCAACGUCGUCGAAAUCGACACAGCCGGAACUUAUUGAUCCAAACACCCCUGUCCAGCAGGUGGUCACGGUUGACGACAUCACUGCCUUAAAGCGCCAAGUACAAAAACACACUGCUGAAUUGGAAAGAUAUAGAGCUCAAACACAGUUGAACGAUCCUAUAAUUGAGGAUGGAGAAUCCGACAAUCAAGAUCGAAAUAUGCAGGGGUAUUUCGAUCAGCCACGACGCUCAACUCCUGAGGCGCCAGUAGCCAUUUCAGACCGGCCUGCAUCAGUUGCCCAAAACGUGAGCGAGUCAAUUGAAGGAAAUAUCAGCACAGAUGCUCCACGUUCAUCGAGUGCUGGUGGUAGAGGAAGCAAGACAGCGGAGGAAAUGGUCAACUCACCAUCUAAGCGAAUGUCAGAUAGGAAGCACGAAUUGGCAGUGAAAAGAGCUGAAUCGAAGGAAGGUAGGCGCAAAAAGCCAUCAAGAACCUCCAGUACCUCGAGUAACAAAGCAAAGAAAAGAUCUGCUGAGACUAUGAAAGGAAAGCAAUCGACUAGUGGCAUCAACAAAGUGUUUGGUGACAAUAUAAGCAUCAUGCCGGUAGAGCUCGAACAACGUACACCCGGCGCUAAAUACCUGACGUCCACUCAACAACUUGAUCAAACAGACGCUAAUGACAGAUCAUUAUCACCAGAACUACUGGUCAAUGUGAAAGUGGCUACUGUAACGGCUCCAACCACCGUAGUGACCAAUCCACCAGCAACUAAUUCCCUCAAUGCGAUCAAGAGCUUAGAGGACGUAGCAAAGUCAAGACUACCAAAGAAAAAGCGAAAGCUAGGUACUCGCAAAACUGAAGCUCAAGUAGACAUGCCAGCCAGCGAUGUAAGUCGAUACAAAGGCCUCAUUACAGUCUCCUACCAAUACUAAUAAUUGUUCAUAGGGUAUUAUUGAUGAUACUAGCAUUAUCCUGGAUGCUAAAUGAACUCAGCUUAGCAUUCGAUAAUCUACGGUUCUAAUUUAUAUGACACACACUAAAUGUAUAAUUGUACAAUAUCUUUAAUGUAAUACUUAAUGACAGGGAUAGCCAACAGAAACUUCAGUAAAUAUCGGGCAUUUUUUAAGCUUCGUCCAAAGAAGCUUGAAUUCGGUCAUUCCCCAAUUAUAAAUUUUCUUAAAAAAUCG